AUGGUCUACACAAUACCAUGGUGCACUGUUCUUUUUCCUCCUAAUGUAUCCAGUGUCAGUCCAGAAGUCUAUGAGAACCAACUGGUGUGGAUUCUGAAUGAUACUACUGGCGCUAAGUGGCCAGUCACAGUUUACUGCAAAAGAAAGGAUCAGGCAUUGACAUUGAACACACAUUUGAAUUCAUUCCUGGUGUAUCAUGGCCAAGAGGAUGAUGUAACUUUUAGAGUGUCUUUGCAUGAGUGGCAAGAAUGGCCCAGGAUCACUGCAAUGUUCAACAAUGAUGGGGCCACCUUCUGGGCCAUCAUAUAUGGCACAAAGGCAGGCAUCUUCUAUCACUGCAUCUCCAGUGAAGACCCUUCAAAGCAGAAAGGGAAGGCAUACAUUCCUGACUCAUCACCAAGGAAAACUCAUAAUGUUGGCAAUGGGGACAUAUUUUCAUCUCCCACAUCACACAGCUCACCAAGGACUCCAGUAAGCCUUGGCCAAGCAGGGCCCUCCAGGCCAAGAUCCAUGUCACCACUACAUCUUCCCAAGUUACUUGCAAGAUAUCUGGAGGUAUACCAGUACUUGAAGCAAUAUGUAUCAAAACAUCUUGAAGAGGCUGAUACAAGGGAUGACUUUAUUGAAGCCAUAGAGAAGAGUAUUCCAAAAGAGGUGGCUGGAUUCAUUUGA